GGUGGGGAGCGGGUGGCGGGGCUGCUGCUGGGGGGGCGGCCGGCUCUGGGGGCGUCUUUCCUCACUCGAGGAGGCCGAAGGCGUCUGCACGGGACCCGAGAGUUGCUGGGUACGCCUGGUAUUAAAGUUCUCAUGCCUGCACUUUCUCCUACAAUGGAAGAAGGAAACAUUGUGAAGUGGUUAAAAAAGGAAGGUGAAACAGUGAAUGCUGGAGAUGCAUUGUGUGAAAUAGAAACAGACAAAGCGGUGGUUACCAUGGAAUCAAGUGACGAUGGCGUAUUGGCUAAAAUACUGGUGGAAGAAGGAACCAAAAACGUACGCUUGGGCUCACUAAUUGGUUUGAUGGUACAGGAAGGACAGGACUGGAAGCAAGUUGAAAUUCCAGCUGAUGGUAGUGAUCCUUCUUCUCUGGCUCCGCCAGCACCUGUGCUUACCUCAACUCCUGUAGGUCAUUCAGUUGCUGUCCCUCCUAAACUAGAACAUCAACCUGGAAAAUUGCAGGUUCGCUUAAGUCCUGCAGCUCGCAACAUUCUGGAGACGCAUGGAUUAGAUCCAAGCAAUAUUACACCUUCUGGGCCUCGAGGAAUCUUCACUAAAGAGGAUGCUCUCAAACUUCUGCAAGAGAAGCAGAAGGGCAAACCCAGUGAAUUGAAACCUGCAGUUUCUCCAGCUCCUCCCCAGCCUGCUGCAGGGCCUUCUGCUUCACAAGCAACAGCUGUGACCUCUGCUUAUCCAAGGCCAGCAGUUCCACCAGUUUCCACACCAGGACAACCUGCUGCACUGGGCACAUUCACAGAAAUCCCAGCUAGCAACAUCCGAAGAGUUAUUGCUAAGAGAUUAACAGAGUCUAAAACUACUAUACCUCACGCGUAUGCUGCUGCUGACUGUGACAUUGAUGCUAUUUUGAAAUUAAGGAAAGAAUUGGCCAAAGAGGACAUUAAAGUAUCUGUAAAUGAUUUUAUUAUCAAGGCAACUGCAGUUACUCUGAAGCAAAUGCCAGAUGUGAAUGUAACCUGGGAUGGAGAAGCCUGCAGGCAGCUGGAGUCCAUUGACAUUUCUAUUGCUGUGGCAACAGACCGAGGUCUCAUUACACCAAUCAUAAAAGACGUUGCUGCCAAGGGAAUAAAGGAAAUUGCUGCCUCUGCAAAGGCUCUAGCAAAGAAAGCAAGAGAUGGAAAACUGUUACCGGAAGAGUACCAGGGGGGAUCUUUUAGCAUCUCCAAUCUAGGCAUGUUUGGUGUCAAUGAUUUCACUGCAGUCAUAAACCCUCCGCAGGCCUGUAUCCUGGCUGUGGGCCGAGCAAGACCAGAGCUCAAGAUUGUGGAAGAUGAAGAAGGAAAUGAGAAACUUAAGCAGCAUCAACUCAUGACAGUGACUCUUUCAAGUGAUGGUCGGGUGGUAGAUGAUGAACUGGCUUCAAAGUUUCUGGAGACCUUGAAAGCCAACAUAGAGAAUCCAGUGCGGCUUGCCUUGUGUUAAAUUCAGUGAAGAUUGGUGCUUCUUGUUUUGACAACAUAGAUAACUGUUAAGUACUUGGCUUCUUUGUAUAGAGGCGUAAAUAGUUACUGUGAGAAGGAUAUUUAAGAUAUUUAAUUUAUUGAAUUAACAUGAAAAACUAUUAAUUUUCAUGCUUUUAGUCUUUUGCAAUGACCAGGUUUUAUACUGUAGAGCUAAAAGACUUGAAAGUUAACAUACUACAUUUCUUUCAACACUUAGUACUAAUGGCACAGAAUGUUUGCGUAGAGAAGUCAAUCUCCUUUGUAAAGGAAAAGUCAAGAAAACUUCAUGAAAUUUAAAAGGGAAUCAUAGAAUGGUUUGGGUUGGAAGGGGUCUUCAGAGGUCAUCUAGUCCAACCCCCCUGCAGUGAGCAGGGACAUCUUCAACUAGAUCAGGUUGCUCAGAGAUCCAUCCAGCCUCACCUUGAAUGUUUCCAGGGAUGGGGCAUCAACCACCUCUCUGGGCAACCUGUGCCUGUGUUUCACCAUCUUCAUUGUAAAAAAAUUUCUUCCUUAUAUCUAAUCCAAAUCUACCCUCCUUUAGUUUAAAAUUAUUACCCCUUGUCCUGUCACUAUAGGCCCUAUUAAAUAGUCUGUCUUCAUCUUAUAAGCCCCUUUAAGUACUGAAAGGCUGCAAUAAGGUCUUCCUGGAGCCCUCUCUUCUCCAGUCUGAACAACCCCAACUCUCUCAGCCUGUCCUCGUAGAAGAGGUGCCCCAGCCCUCAGAUCAUUUUCAUGGCCCUCCUCUGGACCCGCUCCAACAGGUCCAUGUCUGUCCUGUGCUGAGGGCUCCAGAGCUGGAUGCAGCACUCCAGGUGGGGUCUUCCCUGUGCUGAGAUGGGAUGCUUUAUUUAAGGGCUAAAUAUUUCGCUUUUAGAGUGAGGAAAGCAAGAGUCAUAACUGAGCAUUGUGCUGCUAUGAGUCCUGGUCAAUACUGAGAUAACUGAGUAGUUAAAUUGUAUUUCUGCAGUAGAAAGUUUUUCAGUUUUCAGAAGACUUUUCUGGCAUGCUGUGACGUCCAAAUUAGAUUGAAAUAAGGUUUAUAAGAUUUUGAGAGAUAUUUCAAUAGCUUACUAUGUAAGAGCACAGACAUUAGAAACCAAAAAGUUUUUUCGUUUAAUUUCAUUUACAUCACAGAUCUUACUGGUUUUUAUCUUCUCCUUUACUGUGUUAUACUGAAGGAAACAAGCUGACUGUGGAGAUGAGUGGGGAAAAGAAAUAACAGGAAAUUCUGAGAGACUAAAUUAGAUCACAGAUAAAAAAGCAGUUUCUCAAAAUACUAAGUAAUCUGGUGAAAUCCACAGCCUCAGUCUCAUUAAAACACAUUUAAACUGUAGGUGCAUCUAUUUUUUUCCAGUAUUUUAAGAUAACUGCAUAAUCCAAUGCCUUGCAGAGGGAUAGAGAGGAGAACAAACUUGUGUGAAUAAAUGAAUUCUCCAUGAAGGAUGGCUUCUCAACAUCAUUGAUUUUUAGGUUUUGAUGGAACCGACAUUUAGUGAUAACAACAUUUUGUGUUUAAAAAAAAAAGAAAAAAGGUUUUCUUUGACUUAAUUUGGAGAUAGUUACAUUUUUUAUAUUUAGAAGUUGCCCCAACUCAGAUAUCUUCUUCAGCACCACAAAAUAUACAAAAAUAUUUUUUUCAGGUGCUCUGUGAUAUAUUGUGGUUAACCUAAAACCCAAGUUAAUUGAGCCAGCAGUAUUGUGAUGAAAAACUAGCUUUGAUCUCUCAAUCUCGUAGAGGUUCCAGUAUGAAAGGUCAAAUUUUGCACGCAGAAUAUUUGCUGAUUAAUGCUGUUCUUUGCAUGAAUAGAAUAAAGAAGUAGAAAGUGUUUCUGCGUCAGUGUAUAUUGACUUGUAAUUCGAAGGCAUAAGUGCAGCCGCCUGAAGUUUAAAGUAACAGAAGUAGAAUGUGGUUUUUUUUCUUGUAUAUAAAUAUGGAACCACACUGUAUGUGUUUGAAAUGAAGUAGGUGGAUUUACAGGGCCUGGUGAGAAUAUAAAUUGUUAGAAUUUGGGAUUGUCAGAAUUCUGGGAGUUUGUCUUAUUCUAGUUUCUGCAAGUGCUUCUUUUAAAGACUGCAAGGACUUGUUUGUUGAGCUGCUGCCAUAACUAAAAUGCUAAUUGCAAGACAAAACCUUUAGUUAAUACUGAGUUGAGAGUUUUUGCUAAGUGAGUUUGCUUCUUUGACUUGUUCUGAUAUAAUAAAUUUCAUAAACUGUU